CAGCAUCAACUCGAGAACCAACAACGACAUGAGUCGCAGUAUCUUGCUGAGUCUUUGCGUCCUGUUGGCCGUUGUGGCCGCGUUCAUCGUAGAGGCCGCACCCCAACGUGAGAAACGCCAACUGGACGGCAGCUUGGGCGGACUCCUUGGAGGUGGAGGUUAUGGGCAACAGUAUGGCGGAUACGAUGGAUACAAUCAAGCAUACGGCGGAUUCGGCGGGGGUUACGGUGGUUACGGUGGAGGACGAUCUCACGAAAGAUAUUAAUUUGCUCAAUUCUUUCCGUUCAAUUGUGCUACUCACGUUUUAACGAUCUUAACGAUUUUAACUCAGACACGAAAUUGGUGCACUGUUUAAAUUACAGCGCGACCAAAAUUGUUUUUUAAUAACUUGGAAAAUAAACAAAGAUUCGUUACAACAGA